AUGGGGGAUCGAACUGUCUCAAAGAUAAUAAAUGAAGUGGCCACUGCUAUAUGGAACAACAUGCAACCAAUAUAUUUACCAGAACCCACAAUGGAAAUGUGGAAAUUGAUCGCAAAUGAUUUUGAAAAGAUAUGGCAGUUUCCACACUGCAUUGGCGCUCUAGAUGGCAAACACAUUGUGAUUAAAAAACCACCCAAAAGCGGAACUUCAUUUUAUAAUUAUAAACAAACAUUUUCCGUGGUUUUAAUGGCAAUAGUUGACGCUCACUACAAAUUUAUUAGUAUUGAUAUAGGUUCUAUGGGAAGAUUCAGUGAUGCAAAUAUAUUUUCGAGUGGUGCGUUAGCAAAAAAACUUAAUAAACAAACUUUAAGACUUCCACCACCAGCAGCUUUAACCGAUUAUGACCAAAUAUUACCCUAUGCUUUUGUAGCAGAUGAAGCGUUUCCACUAAGUGAAAAUAUUAUGCGACCUUAUCCAAAUAGAAGUGUGACAAACAAUUUUCAAAAUAAAGUUUUUAAUUAUAGACUUUCUCGAGCACGGCAAACCGUUGAAUGCACUUUUGGAAUCUUGGCAUCACGAUUCCGAGUGUUUAGAAGACCUUUUGAAACUAAAAUUGAAAGUGUUGAUAAUGUUGUAAAAGCAGCUUGUGUAUUACACAAUUUCUUAAGAAAUGAAACAAUAAUUUUAAAUAAUAUGCAAGGCGAUAGUAGUGAAAAUGAAAUGCCGGAAAAUCAAUUACUGCCAUUAACCAACAACAACACUAGAAGUGGAUCAAAUGCUUUUUGUGUAAGACAAAAGUACACAGAUUAUUUUAACACAGUGGGAAGCGUACCAUGGCAAUCGGAUAGUGUUUCUAGGGGUAAAUACUAA